GUUCCGACUAUACCUGUCUUCGUUCUCUUGGGGUCGAUAUUUUCUUCUCCUCAAAACUAUCACCGAUAACUUUUCGUUUUUGGACUUGAGGGGCAUUGUCAAUCGUUGGCACUGCACCAGGUUCUAGCUUUCUUUGCCUAGGAAUGUUGUUUCUUUGUGGGCUAUUUUCUGCAACCAAGAUGUCUGGACGUCUAAAGUAGCACGUUGGCUCAAAGUGCCCCGAGCAAAGAUGAGACAAUGUGGUUGGAGUGAAGUCUUUUCUGUGUCUUCGCACAAAGUUUGUCCACAAUUUCUGCACAGUCUUGUCGUUAGGAAACUUGUGCAUGUUGACAUUUGGGCUGAAACUACUAUUCUUGCACGACCUUUUCCCAGGCAAACCAGCAACGCAGUAUUUCCCUCCCCCUUUCUUCUUUUUAUUCUGGCCAUCUCGUGAUUUCUUCGGGCUCGGCUUCAUGUCUUCAUUCGCAUCAAUUUAUUUUGUUUCCCGGCAAAGGCAGUGCAAGAGUUCCAAAUAGAAAGUUUUCAAAAUUUCAUUGCACUGGCACUUUAAACAUAAAUGCAAGUACAUGAGGUGUGACCAUAGGUGAGGUCAUAGGUGUGGCAUCUAAAAGUUGACUUCAGCAUAGCCUUCCUUCGUAACUUUUCAAAACCAGCUGUUCUUACUUCCAGAAGCUUGAGAAUUUGCUUCAGAAACGUUGUUUUAGGGAUUUAUGUGAUUCAUUCCAUAGAAAUUCAUUCCAAAUCCACUGGCGCCCCCACUCAUUGAAGCCCUUAUUGAGCACUUUGACACUGACAAAACAGAUUUUGUUAAUAAGGUGAGAGUGACAGCAGAACAAAUUGCCUGGCUUUCCAAUGCCAUGAUUGGACAAAGAAAUAAUGAAUUGUGGGGGCAAUAUCGGAAGCUGCAGCUUACAGGCAGUAACUUUGGGGAUGUCAUUAAGGCAUAUAAAAGGAAAUUCGAGAGCAGCAAACCAAUUCCUCCUUCACUUUUGAAACAACUAAGGGGUGAAUAUGCAAUGGGCAAAAGAGACUCAAUAAUGUGGGGGCAGAUGCACCAGGAAACUGCAUUGAAAAGAUAUAUUAAUGAAACAGGCAAUGUAGUGGAGCAGUGUGGGCUCCUUUUGUUUCCUUGUGGCUUUCUAGGCAGUAGCCCAGAUGGAAUAAUCUCUGAGCAAGAUGGUUUGGCUGCAAACGGUAGGGGAGUGCUAGAAGUCAAGUUUUCUUAACAUUUAUUCAUGUAUUGUAACAAGUAAGUUUAUUAAUUCCUUGUAGAUGUUUAUAACAAGACUCUUCUAAACAAGUUGUUUAGAGCUUAGUAAAUGGAGCACUCAAAUCUUUCUAAAAAGUCAUAUCAAUCAAAGCAGACAUAAAUAAAUGGUUAAUUAACUUUUAUUAUUUAUCAAACAAUUUAAGUUCUUCCUUUGAUUACAGUCAGGCUUUUCAUUUUAUUUUAAUCAAAUGCAAUCAGUAUUUGUUUUUUUCUAAUUCCUGAGUUAAUUGUUGAGUUUCAACCAUUGUAAAACCUAUAAGAAUAUGUAACCUUUCUUGCAGUUCAUAAUAAAGAAGUUUUCUUUCAUGCAUUGUUGUAUCUUCAGUUGAUGCAAAUGUAUAACAAUAAGCUUGAAAAAACAGCAUCUUAUUUGUCAGGCAGUUGCCAGUCUGCAUACAAUCUGUUACAAUAAUCUAAAAAAACAAACAAUUAAUGCAGAUGAUAACUUAGAAUAUUGAAGAAGGGAUUGAUCUCAAUUAUCAGCUUUAUUGUUUGGACUUUUCUUACCUUAGUAAAGAGAGGACCUCUUUGUCUGAAUUUUUUUAGACUGAAGGAACUUUUCAUUAAUAUUUAGAACUGGAUGUAGAUAAUAUCAUACAAUAUCAAUCUUUGAAACAAGGGGGUGGCAUUGCUUUGCCUGAAUUUUGAUGGGAUAUGUUAAAAAUUGAAAUAAGUUGCAAUAUUGUAGAUAUCAUUAAAACAUCUGCAGAUAUUAUGAUGUGAUUUAUAAAAAUGCGAGAUAAUAUAUGUAUGAUACAGGCUCUACAUACAGACUUAACAUACAUUUACUUUUCAAAGUGUGUUUCACUUCUUGCAUUUUCAUUUAAUUCUUGAAAAAUGCCAGCAAUGAUAGGUGUUUGCAAAUCCACCAAAGCUGCACAGACUUGCACAAUUUUGUCUGCAAAUGGACACAAAUGGGCACCAAUAUACCGAAGGAUCUUGUAGUUUCACAACUUUUCAAUUGCCCUCUCUACGUGGAUCCUGCAACUGGGAAUUUUUCUUGAAUAUACAGCUUCUUCAACUGUAAAUUGUGUUUUGCUAUUAAAAAAUGCUGGUAGAUUUAAAAAAAACAUUCUUUGGAAGCAAAUCAUGGAUGACAAAUCCCUUGUCUGCAAUUAUCAAAUCUCCAGCCUGAAAAAAAUAUAUAGUAGAUUAAGGCAUAGAAUUACCUACCCAAAUGAAUGUAUAAUGCAAAAAACCUGAAAAAAUAAUCCUUUUGUUUUAACAAAAUUGUUUUAUGCAUCAAGAUUUUGAUUCCUGGUUGGACUGCAUAUAGGCCUGAAAAAUUGCCUUCAAAAAAACCCCAGCAGUUGGCAAUGCAGCACCUUUGUUGUGUAUUGAAUCAGCAAAUGACUGGGGAUUCCCUCUUGAAAGCCAUGGCUGGUUCAGGUCGCUCAGUAGAUUUGAAAACGUGUCGUAUAUAUCAUCAACCACCAAGUUGAAAAUCAUGCACAGUUGUGGAACAGGUCUUCCGAAUCGUGAGACUAGGGUCCCAUUUGAACAGAUCCACAUAGAUCCGUACCCAAACUGGCUACGAUAGGCCUUGCGUUUACUCGGGCAUGGUAGGAUCUGUAUCUUUUCUGGGAGAGAUCCAUACCAUUUACGAUUCGAAAGCGAAUCCAUUUCGAUCCUUACCUUCAUCGGCGCCAUGUAAACGGGAGAUAGAGAUCUGCAAAGGCACUGCAGUAAAAUGAGACUGUUGCUGGGGUCAAUGGAGGCUAUUUCAAUUGUACGCAGCACUCAUCAUACAACAAAGGAAUUACUCUCCCACCCCUUUCCACAGUUGACAGCCUUUCUGAACCCUGUCUUCAUUUUGUUUUAUUUUCUUUUCACCUUUUCUUUUGUAAUUUUUUCUUUAUCCAGGCUAUUUGGAAAGUCCCCUGUUGCUGUUUCUGGAUAGGCCUCAAUAAAUUUAAGUAGAAUGUCUUCAUAUUUGGACAUAACAGUCCCUAAUUCUUCUCCAUUUUUCAUUAUAGCAGCAUUGUAACCCAUAACUACUUUCAUCACGAAAGCUGUCUCCUGCUGUCUGUCUGGAAAAAGGUCGAGGCAUUGGGCUAACUAGUUCCGAGACCUUCCCAGCUUGUCUCAACCUGUUGUGUCUUGUUUCGUAAACUCUGUAAUAUAACAUUUGAUGUUGAGAUUCCAUAUACAAUUGUAAGUGUGAAGGAGGGCAUUGUUUAUGGUGAUUAAUUUUGAUUUAAUUUGUAGAAAGAGUUAACAUCUAACUAAGGUUGAGAAAUCUUAACAUCCAGCAAUGUUAAAGUACAGAAAUGGUGGAAGUUGUCCCAUUUAACAUGAAGGGUACAAUAUCCAACAAUUACAAGGAUUACUGGAAAUACAAAGGCUGAUCAAUCGAAUACAAAGGCUAGACGAUUUUUGUAUGUCCAUUUCUUUUUCAAAGAAAAUGCUGACAUAUCUACUACAGUAAGUAUUUUUCAAUGAAUUCAAAGCAAGAAAAAUCACUCGUCCACGAAAAAUUGUUUAUAUUCCUUUAAAUCCUCCUUUGCAUAUCGAUGUCUAUUAUUCUGUAUUAUUCUAUUAUUCAAGGAACACUCUUUCCUUUUUUGAAGUAAAAAGUCCACAGUAUUAAACAUGAAGAACGAGAAAGUAAAAGUCAUCAUACAUUUUAGAGGAGAUGUAGAAGUAGGUACUCUUCCCAUCUCGAAUAUUAUCAUUAACAAUUAGUACCUAUUUGCUUUGCAAAGAAUAAUUACUUUUUUCUUAUUGCCACUUAUUUCUAUGAUACUAUGCAAAAGGAUCCUAACCUUACGAAUUAUAUCUUUGUAACACUUACAAUAUUCAUCAAUGAAAUGCAUUCAACAGUUUUUCACAAAUUCUUUUUAACAUAAUCUCCCAUACAAUAAUGGCAGUAUUCGCCGAUUGAAAAUGGAAGCUGCAAGGGCAUUUGUCCUAAGCAAGAAAAUUAAAUUCCAAAUCAUAGACCGUGGUCGGCAUCUCAUAAGAAAAUUAACAUACGUUCAGCAUUUGCUAUAAAAACUCCUUUUCUACAAAUCUAUUCGUCUUAUCACACUUAUUCUUUAGCUGUUUUCUUGACAUUAUUUUGUCUAUAUUUAACAAAAGUUACCAACGAUGAGGUAUUUCUGCAUCGUAGCAAAGAUGAGGAAGCACCCCACUAAGAAACAAUGACCCAAAAUUGAAGUUCAUCAAAAGCAAUUAUAAGAAUGGAUUAUUUCGAUCUUAAUGCAAUGCAAGCCAACUCUGACACAAAACCAUUUAGAUUCAUACCUCUUAGAGAAAUUCCAGGUUAUGCCAUAAGAAACGCCAAUCAGACUAAAAAUCCUAUCUGUAGUUAGUUCUUUGAUUUUAGUUUUGAUAGUGUGCUAUUUAGUGAUAAUUUAGUGAUCAUUCUAAAUGAUCAGGAAUUCUACUCAUUGAUUCCUUUUGAAUUCGUUGUAUUUGUGAAGUUUCUGAAACUAACCAUUAAACAAAUUUAACUGUAUCACAGGAGCCUUUCACAUUUAUAAUACAUCGAGAAAUCUCCAACACAUGGCUAAAAAUCCUUGUUUUUGAGAUUAAACACUGUUUAAAAUUGCAUUUGACAGCAGCUAAGUCUCAGCUUGUUCUUAAUUUGUAAUUUUGACAAAUUCUGAGUUUCAUGUUCUUAUAAACCUGUUCUUAUAGAAAAUGUACUUGCAAUUUCAGACUAUGAGUGGCUGGAACUAAUUCAAUUCAUGUAUACAGUGGUACUUUUUGAGCGGCAGGUUACAAGGUCAUUGAAAGCGAGAUGUGGGAGAGGGAGCUGGAGCCCCCUAAUAAUUUUCAAACUGUACUUUAUUUCCUUUUAACUAGUGUACUGAAUGGGAAGCAAUACAAUGGGCAGCACCCCCCCCCCCCCAAUAUGAAUUCUGUUACAACAACAUUGGGUUAUGCUAUUCUGUCUGCCACGGAAUUUUGUAGUUACUGGUAGUAUCAAAUUCACCUCCAUUAUUUUCUCAAACUCUGCACUCUUAAAAUACUAACUACACGUCAUUCUAUUUCUACCAUUGUUUAGGCUGACAUUACUCCUGACUUAUGCUUACUCAAUUUCUUGUCUCUUCCUUAAUCAUGCUUUGUAAUCCUUCUUCACCGCUUAAUUUUAAAAUCGCCAUAAGCCUAUAUAUAAUCAAGUUCAAUGUUGUUAGCUUGUAAGUUGCCAUAUUCGCCGGAGAAAGGUGUUUAAAAAUCCAUGACAAGAGCUAUAAAACUUUAUUGUAACAACAUGGAAAAUUCCAAGAAGGAAACCCAUGCUUCCAUCCUUAAAUUGAAAACUGACUUUAAAUCAAAGGCAAAAGAGAGGGGAAAAUACUAGGAAAAGAGAAGACAAUAUUUAGAGUUAAUUGGUCAACCAGCUCAAAGCAAUUUGGUAGACCUUGAAGCACCUGCAGGAAGAGAGCUUUUUCUUGCAGCCCCAUCUAUGAAAAAGCAGAAGACAGCUGCUGGAGUCAGAGACGCGGAUCAUGACUCAUCUUUGCAGCUAUUAAAAAGCGAUGAUCCCAGGGACACAUUAGAAGAUCUAAGUGAAAAUUUUGAUGUUUUUGGCAUAGAAAGUGGAAGCAAGUUUUCUGAUUAUCAGAUGCUUGACACCAUGGAGAAUGACAGCACACCGGCUUACAGGCAUGAGAAGAGUCUAGCACCUUCAUUUUCAGCUACUGCUUCAACAUUAAUGGGAGAUUUCAAAAUCGGAAAGGUUAGAACAACUUUUAAGCAUUUACUUAAAAGGUUUAUUUUCUCACAAUUUCCCUUUAAUUUGAGUUCUUCUAGAAUUUUUUGAGUAAAGAAAAUCUUUGAUUUCACAGAAGGACAAAUUGUGCUAUUCGAACCCUUCUAUUUCUUUAUUGGUACUUCAUUCAUCUUUUUGUGUUGAUGAAAUGUCUUGAAUCGUUAUAAAACAAAGCAGCCAAUUAUGAAAUUAUUUUCAUUUUAAUCUAGUUUCCUCUGUUAUGUUAAUUUAUGAUAUUAUUUCAAAGGUUUGGUGCUGCUGAUUUGUUGAGUCUCUAUAUCUUGGAGUUGACUCAACACAACGAAAUAGCAUGUUGCAGUGAAAACUUUUCAAAUUUCUGCUUACUCAAUUUUAAUGAGAAAAAGGGUUGCUUAAAGGUAAGGCAUUAAUUGUCUCUGUUUAAACAUGUUACAUGCAAAAUAAACAUCGCUUAGCUUCUUUGGGUGUUCAGAUAAAGAUUAUAAGAGUCUACCCGUAUUAUUUGAUUAAAUUAGUGAGAUUAAAUUAAUGUUUGAUCAAAUCUAUUGAAUUGACUUUUCGGUAGAAAACCUUACUUCCAUUGAAUUGAUUUAUUAAACCCCCUUUUGGGUUAACAGAAGCAUGUCAUUUUCGAAAAAGCAUUUUGUCCUAUGGUGCAAAUUUUUGAAUAUCCAUGUUAAUUUGCAUGGCCAUGGUCUGUUGUAUGGGCUUCUUAGCAUUUGGUAGAAUGACUAGCAUUAUAAGGUCUUUUGAGAAUUAGCCAAAACAAGUUUAAAUUUUCUGAGACCUUAGCUGGUUUAGAAAUUAUUUGUUUGGCCUGUUAUUAAGAUACUCCAUCAAUACUUUGACUGAAUAUACAAAUUAUAUUAAACAGGUAAAUUCCUUUGUAUUUACCAAAUCGCCCUUUGGUUUGGGGGAGAUAAAUUAUAAUGGACAUAGGUUUGUUCUUGCGUCAAGGGUCAAUUGCAGUUCUUGGAAAAUAUGAUACUCUCGGGCGAAAUUUCUUUUCAGGGUAAUAAUUAUAGUUGUACUUGUCAAGCAUUUUUAGAAUUAAUUACAAAUUAAUGCCAACAUGAAAACAAAUAUGAAAAAAGCGCUCUGAUGUUUAUGCGUGGCUCAUUGGCAUGCCAGCUCUCAACGUUUUCAUGUUAUUCUAUUCAAUUUUAUCAGAACUUUAUUCACACUUUCCAGAUUCGGUUCCUUCUAAUGGAACAGCAUUCAUGCCAAAGUUUCAAAAGUGAUUUUCAAGAAAUGCGAUUUCUUGAAUAACUGCGACCCACUCCAGCACUUUCAAUGUAAGUAGUUUUUCAACUUGAAUUAUAUAUAACUUUCAAGGUGUAUGUUGAAAAUACCAGAUCAUCUUGUAGACCAAAAUCAAGAAAAGGUUGCAGAACUUGCCAACGUUAUUUUCCAAAGAUAAUCAGUGAAAAUCCAUAGUUAUUUGGUAUUUGAAAAUCCAUAGUUUAUUGCCAAAAAUUAGCGGAUUUUUUUAAAUUUUUACUUAAUUUUCAUAAAUGCUCAAAUGUCUUGACACGACGUUUGAAAUGCAGCCUUAGAAAAUAAAGUAUUAACAAGGAAUUUUAACCUGUGAAAAGUGGGUCAAUAAUCUAGAUCCACAGGUGUUUUUGCAGUGUCUUUUACAAUAUAAUCAGCCUGGCACCUUAGUAACAUUAUUUAGAUUGUGUCUUCACGUGUCUUUGGCAAGAAAAUAACAAUUAGCACUGAAAAUGUUCGAUAGCAGGGAAGACAGUGAUUAUAUUCCUUACGACUUUUAUGUGGAAAAGGAAGACAGUAGGAGGAAAGUGGCAGUGGUAACCAAGGUUGAACUGUUAGGCCCACAGCAGCCAUGUUGGCUACCCAUUGGAAAUAUUGACGAAGAUAUUUCACCAAAUUUGCCUCCAUUUACUGCUGCAAGUGGACCUAAACAUAUUGCCAGGGAGGAAGCAGACCCCCGCAUGUAUUUUCAAUACUUUGCUACGGAUGAAUUUUUCAAGACACUGCUUGAUUUUAGCAUCAAGUACGGAGAUCAGAUUGUUGCAAAGAAAGAAAUUUCAGAAAAGUUUAGGUUCCAGCUCUGGCAAAAUAUAAAGGCAGAGGCUGACCUAGACACCUAUAAGGCAUUCUGGGGCCUUUUUUUUAACAUGAGCCUUAUUCAAAAAGCAAGUUUUGAGGAAUAUUGGAGGGAAAGUGACUGGUCCCAAGCCACCCCUCAGUUUUCGCAGGUAAUGGGUUGUGCCAAGUGGAUGAUUUGGCUGAGGAUGGUGCAAACAUUCGAUGUCACAGAUCCAACUGUUGAUAGAACUGAUCUAGGUUUCAGGGUUAUAUACCCUUUGAAUCACAUGAACAAAAUGUUCAAAUUUUAUUACCAGCCAAUCCAAACCUUGACAGUCGAUGAAGGUUUAUGUGGCUUUUGUGGUAGAGUUCACUUUAGACAGUAUAUUCCAAAUAAGAAGCACCACCAAUUUGGGAUAAAGAUGCAAGAGUUGUGUGACACAACUGGCUAUCUAUGUAAAGUGCUUUUGUACUGUGGUUUCAAGCAAAAAGUUCCGGCUUGUUUUCAUCACAAAUAUCCAAGUGAUCCAAAGAGCAUUGUGAUGACUUUGGUGAAUGACUUGCAACACCAAGGAUACCAGCUGACAACUGAUAACUGGUACACUUCAUUGGUCUUAUCUAAACAAUUGAAAUAAAUUGGGAUCACACACAUUGAGACCAUCAAAACAAACCAGGCAGCUGGCUUUCCAAAAGAAGUGGUGAAUGUAAAGUUGGAGAUUGGAGAAAAGCUUGCAUAUCGCAUGGAUGAUAAUGUUUGUGUUGCAAUAAGGGACAAAAGAGUCAGACAAAACAACCCUUGAUGCCCUGAACAAAAUAUUCUAAUUUUUAUUUUGAUGGGAUGGUCACAAAGUCAGAGAGGAAAACCAUGUAGCUGACAAAAAGUACAAAUGUCAGCUAGUUUGGGCUUACAACCAUUCUAAAUUUGGUGUUGACAAAUCAGAUGAGAUGGUAUAUUCUUAUGAGGUGGAGAGGAGAACCAGACGCUGGCCUGUCAAAAUGCUGCUAAGAUUGAUGCAGAAGGCACUGCUAAAUUAAUAUGUUUUGUAUAAGGCAUUAGUAGAAAAGCCAAUGAAACGCUUACGCUUUUAUGUGAAGGUAUUUGGGGGACUGAUGAAUCCAGCAAGAAACAGACGAAUCAGGCCUUAGUAUUCAAGACCAGACAAUUGCCUUAGUCUGACACCCUUAGUCUGAUUUUUUCCAGCAGGCAAGAGGGUAAAAGGAAGAGGACAGCAUUUCAUUGCGUUGGUUGUCAAAGAGGAUGCUGUCCAACAUGUUUUCAUCAGUAUUUUGACUGAUUUUGAACCAUUCUUAGUAUAUAUUUUAUUCAUCAUGUAACUUUCUUACAUUAUAACUCCACACUUGUGCAAAAACAGCCCUUGAACAUGUUCUUACAGAGUAGCAGCCCAUUGAUAUUUUUUCUGAACUGCGUCAUUACCUUUCAAAAUGUAAUUUUGUCAUACCUUCAAAUAAAUUUUGAAAGCUAAACUUUGAUAUUUUGACUGAAAAUGUUAGGCAGAGAGGACUUGUUUGUAAAUAAUAUUUAUAUAAUGUCCACAAAGACCAAGGUUUUCAUGUUUGUGGCCUUUUGGCUAAGUUGUAUCUACUUUUCAGUUUUUAUAUUUAUUCAGUUUGCAGACUUUUCAUUUUUAUUGCUAAAAUUUUGGAUUGUGAUUGAAAAUUAUAACUAGGUUGUAGCUUGUAAAUUGUGCAAGUGGCAAUGUGCAUGGUAUUAUAUCCUCCUGUCGUUUUCUGGCUCUGAUUUAUAGAGAAAUAUGUUUGUAAGAACCUUUCCUGUAUUCGUAUUCAGUAUAGUUUCAAACUGCCUUAUUCUCAUUUUGUAACAAACAAUUUCAAACCAAUUUUGGUCUAAAACCUGUAAGUGUAGUCUUAGAUACCUUGAUAUUACAAAAAUGGUGUAAAUAAAUGGCAAAAUAUGCCCCAAGCUCUCUAAAUAGGUAAAGAAAACUUCAGAAUGUCAUUUUCGUCUUGUGUACAUUUCAAACAAGGUGUGGCUUUUGUUCCUGUGGCAAACAAUUUCUUAUAUUUUUGUUUGAAAAAGAUAUUUUGAUCCGAAGGUUCAAAAAAAUUUCUAGUUCUAGGUAGUUUAAGUAGCCUAUUUGCAAGAAAUCAAUCAAAAUGCAAUGCUAAAUUUACUUGUUGGUUCUUCCGAGCUUUAGCAGUCAACAGGAUAGCCUUUUUAGGUCAACUCGACGAAGCUACCUGCUUUCCUUCAAUAACAGUUUCACCAGUUUCCUCUAAGAAAUACCUGUCUUUCAUCCCCUUCAAGCAGAGUUAAAGAUGUCCACAGGAUGAAGUUUCCUUUCUAUUCAGCAAGAAGACAGCAGCUUCAUUUGCUUGAUAACACAUUCAUUAGCUCUGUGUGAAUGUGGGUUUGCGUCAAGCCAUGAAAACCCUAGACUCUGCUCUUCGAUCAAAAGAGAAAAUGUGCCUGAAUUUUUGCAGGCUGAUGUUUUGAAUGCAAUAAGUAAGUUUAAAGACAUCCAUUCUCUGACCUUCGAGAUAAUUUAGCCAUCAAUCAAAUUUUAAAAAGUUUAACGAUUCAAACAUAAUUUCUCUCAUUUUUUUGCUUUUUUCAUACUCAUUUGUCUGGUAUAGCAUGGGAUUCAAGGCAUUUCUUCCUCUCUACUAUCUUUGCUAGUAGAGAGGAACUACUAUCUACGUUUUCUUUGCCUCCAAAAUCUUCCUAGACAAUAUCUUAUUCUUUUAGCAUAAAUAAAUAUUCCUUCCCAUUCCGUUUAUUACAGGCUUUGUCAAAUCUUUGCUUGCAAUAAAAGAAUCCGAUUUGUUGGUUGCAACGUUGGGUUGAUCAACAUGGGAAGCUACAUAGUGGGCCACAAAUUGCUACCAAACUACAUGGACCAUUUUUUUGGAGGUAUGUCAGAAAUUAUAAUUAUUGCUACUUUUUAACUAGGUUUGUUAACCCUUUCUACUACCGUGUCAUGAAAAGUAGAGAAUGUAUUUAAAGUAUAUGAAGACGAUUCACCUUUUUUCAAAUUUUAUACAUAUACAUUUGAUUUGUAGUUCCAUUUCCUCUUUUUAUCAAACCUUUGCAACCUAGGUAAGCCAAAUGAAGUAUGGAAGUUUGUAAAGUCUUUUUAUUAAUGAGCUAAUGCUUCUCAUUGUUUUGGAAUUCCAAUGCACACAUUUUUUACUGUGACAAAAGAGGAAGCGAUUGACUGUGGGCUUUCCUAGCUACUUUCCCUCUUAAAGUGCUUAUGACAUGAACAUUUUUAUUCCCUUAAACUAUAAAAGAAACAUCGCUGGGAAUGAUGGGGAACUUAGUUUUUUCAUUUGCGACUUGAUUUUCUUACACCCACUUGAGCUAAAAUGUGUCACAAGAAAAACGUGUUCGGGUCUGUGGUCAUGUGACCUCUAUAACGUAAAGUGGUUGUGUAUUCUUUGAAAAGAAUGAGCUGCCCUAUGGAUUCACUAUGUGAUGGCACUUUUGUUGUCCCCCUAAUCGAUGGUUUUUUGCAUGAUUAUUACUCAAGCACAAAAUAUGUCACAAAAUAUCUCAAAAUAAUCUAGGUCAAUUUUUCGGUAAUUACAAAAUUAAUAAAAAUAGAAAUGACAUGAUAUCAUAUAUAAAUAUAUAUAUAGAAAUGACAUGAUAGAAAUUUGUCUUUUGAUACUUCCGUAGCACAGUGCUCAAUACGUUAGCACGUAGAGUGUGAUAUAUCAUAGAUCUUCAAUCUAUGAAAUGACAUGAUAUAUAUAUUGCGUGCCAGAGUCAUAGUUUCGCACUUCACAUGCCAAUAUUGUUUGCAACAAAGUCAUAUCUAAAAAAAAAUAUGAUUUAUUACAACAAAAUCAGAAAACUUUUGCUAUAAAUCAGGUACAAACGUUGCAGUAAAUUAGUAUGCACGGUUUUAAGAAACGAAUACACCUCUGAUGUGUGAAAAAGUGUAAAUUGAACUUACCAAGACUAUCUGAUUUCUGUUUUCGAAUCCUACUUUCGAAUAUGUCACAAAAAAGGAGCAGGGGAGAUUAGGGAGGAAGAUGUUAUUGUCCUGGACUACCAGCUGAAAAAGCUGUACAAACAGAAGUUUGACGCCUGGUAUAACUUUGCACAAGUUACCAAAAGACGAAAAGAUAUGAAAGCUGUGGGUGCAGUAUAUAAAAUUGCAUUGUGAAGAUUUUGAUGCAGCUAAAGUUAUGGAGAAACCCCACUGAGUUCAACUUUUCCCUAAAACGUAUAUAGUUCAUUUGCAUUUUUUCUAUCACGAUUCAGAAAGUCAUAUAAUUUUUAGGCACAUCCUUGCAAUCUUGCACUUAGUGAAAAUCUGAUUAGGGAGAUAGAAACUCUUAAAGAUGGAAAGGAAUAUAUGAUUCAAGUUGGAUGAUGAGAUCGUGAGGAAGGUUCCUGUGCCAGCAACACACAGUUAUGUGGAAGAAAUUCAAAAAGUUGUUUUUGGUAUGCUUGAGUCGAAGAUGGAAAAAAUUAUUGAGGAAGCAGAAGCAAAGAUGUCCAGCUCUAUGACCUCAAUGUUUGAAAAUAGGAUCUCAAAAGAAAAGACAUUAGAAAAAGCAAGACAACGAGAAACCCUGCCCUAUCCAUCAGUUCUUAUAAGUCCAUGAUCAAGAUAAAAUGGAAUUGAGGAGGGCAGAAAACAAGAAACUGAAGCAGCAGCCAAACAGUUUGGUGAAAAAAAAGAAAGGCACUGUAUAACAUGUGGCCAACCAAUGAAAGGUCAUAAAAAGGAGUCAUGCCAUGGGGUAAUUAAUAUUUUCUCAAUUUUCAGGAGUUAUUGAACUUUAACGCUAAUCAGUACAUAUAAAGUUUCAGAAAUAAAUAUAGAAAAGAAGCUUCAUGCAAGAUAUUUCCACAAAAAAAACAUUUCCAGAAUUACAAAAUUGUCAAUAAGAAAUUUUAGGCCUAACUUUUUAUUAUCUUUCCUCAGAAUCCUUAUACCCUUUUGUUGAUGUGCAUCGUCAUACUUAGUUUUUAUAUAUGUGGAUAUACAGGCAGGAAGGGGCGUGCUUCGUCCCAACCAAGGUACCCAAAAAUCCACCUCACAACCCAUCUGUAUGCAACUGCAUUGAGAUACCAAUAGAACAAAAACUUUUUGACUUUAUGUGAAAGUUAGUUUUAGUUUAUCUGAUUAUUCUUUUUAACUGGCAGGAUUAUUCUUUGUUGUAGUGAAGAUAUUUUAUCCCUAAGGAAGUCCAUACCAAGGUUUAUCCGAAACAUGUUCCAAAUUAAUGCAGUCUACUUUCGUGUUUGACAGAACACAAGCGUUCUCUUUGUGUUUACUCUGUGUUCUUUAACUUCAUUGUUGAGAGUUGAAAAUGAUUUAUAAUGCUCAGUGUUUUAUCAUUUCCAAUAUAAACAACUGAAAACUUCAAAUUGUUUUUGACUGGUGAUUUUUCAAUCAUUGGUGUGUCCUGCAAAUCUAACUUUGAUGUGGUAAUUAAAGUUUGUUUCGUGACUUGUGUAGCAGUGGCAGUAAACACAGAGACUUGUAUUUGUUUUGGCAACAGAGAAAUAGUUUCAUUAGCCAAGCCAUACCACUUUCUGAAGGUCCUUUUGAUGCAGUUCCAAUCCUACUAUGAAAAAAGAUAAAGUAAAUGUUUUUAGUGAAUAAUGGGAAGCAUUUCAUCAUACCCAUCAUUCCAUGCCUGGCUAAAAAUGUAAUCUGUGUCUUCACACAUUUACGAAAUUUGAAAAAAAUUAAAGUCAUUGGUGUUUGACUCACUUUCAUGUAUUCCCAUUAAAUUGCUAGGCCACAAAAUAUUCUAGUAUGUUUAAAAUAUUAGUCUGUCAAGGAAAGGGGUCAUGCUACACUGGUAAGAUAACAUUGGAAAAUCAAAUUUCUAUUAUAAACUUUUUAUUUGCUGUUUAAACACAAUUAUCUACCUUUGGGUACAAUAAAUUUUUUGGCGAGAGACAAGAAAAAAUGCCCACAGCUAUCAAUAAUAUUUCUGAAAAUAUGACAAAUUAUCUAUCAUUUGACACCAAAUGUUGAUAGAGCAAGUUUAAAAUUUUCACUUCUUGGUUUACUUUUCACAGAGUUGCCCAAAUAUAAUUACCUAUUGGCCUACUUGUAAAAUGACAACUUCUGUGAGAUGUACAUUAGAGUAUAAAUUAUCUGCGAGGACAUCUGCAACAAGUGGCAUAGCUUGAAAUACCAGGGACUUUCCAUGGACUGUUGCUUCACUAUAAUAAAUAUUUUUCUUUCUUUUGAAAUAAGAAGCUAGUCCCUUCUUUUGAUCUGGUUGAACAGUAUCCACGCCAUCAAAAAAGUGACAAACCAUAUUCAAAGCUUCUUCAAAUUUCUCUUCACUCAAAAUGUAGCUUACCUCAUCCUUUCAAUGUUGAUCUGACGCCAUUUUGAAAACACAAAACACACGGACAAAUCAAAGCAGAAAGCUAGGUAGCGAUAGAGACGGGUGUUGACCAACCACAAUUGUUCCAUCGUUUUUCAUGGAUUGUGACGUCAAGAGAACAAGAGAAUGCUCGCUGUUGUGCAGACGCUACAGUAGGAUAAACAUUUGCAAUUAAAUUCGAGAUUCUGCAGGCAGGCUAGUUCACCUUUAACAAAUGAAAAAUUCUGAGCUGCAUGAUAUAGUUACCUGGAUCUACUAGAUAUAUCAUUUUCGGAAGUAUUUAGCUGUUCUGAAUGCAAAGUAAACCAACAACGAUUGUUUGAUGCCACUUUCUUGUCAUUCAGCAAGCAAGCGACUCAGUUAUCAACAGACGAUGUGAAUGAAUCGAGGAUCAAAAAACCUAAAAAGAGAACAAGGUAUAAAUAUACGAUAGAUUUUUACUUAUGUUUUAAUUACCACAUCUAGUAGUGUUGUGAGAGUUUACCGUCUGAUUUACAAGUACUAAAUAAAUAAUUGAAACACUUGGGAAUUGGUAAUUGGGAAAUGAUUUUUGCUACAGAUAAAUUUGAUAAAUUCCCUGUUACUUUUAUUUAGCUUCUCAGCAUUUGUUUUUUUUUUCUCUUUCAAACAGGUGUACAAGUUUGCUAUUUUCUUUGGGGUCUUCUCUCACAUUCCUAAAUGAUCUAAUAGCUGUAGCUUACAUAUACAGUUACAAUUGGGAGAUGCUCACUUUUUCAAGUGAAUCUUUUCAAUGAAGAAUUUUUUGCCACUGAUGAACAAUUGAUAUAACACAUGUUAUUUUAUUUGCAGCCAUGUCAAGGAUCGCAUUUUUUUAAGUGACCAGGAGACUCGUAGUUUGUUAGAGAGAUUUGCCUAAAAAUCUGGAAAGAGCAGCAAGUCUUCUUACCUUACUUGAAUACAAGAGUCUUCUUACCUUACUGCAAGAACAUUCACCCGAGCUAUAUGACCUUUUCGUAUCUUUUCAAAGAGAAACUAUAACUGAGGACAAAAGUUAUGGAAACUUCCUCACAAACAAAGAAAAGUUAAUAGCCUCUUUGUAUGAGUGUCUGCGUAUCUGCGUAACUUAUCAACUCUUUUGGCAAGUCCCAGUCCUGUUUGCAGUUCACUGCAUCCUGAUGAAAGCCUUCUUGACCUGCUGAACCACAUUAUCACUGUAACAGAACCAAUUGACAUUGGGCAUCUCGUGGUAUUCAAAGAACAGUGUGCAGUUCUUUUCAGUUUGUUUAUGUCUUGCGAAAAUAUUAAACCACCCGAUAUGCUGAAACCUGUUUUGAUCAAAAUGAUGAAAAAAGCAGUAAAGCCAUUUCAGACCAUAGUAGAAUGAAAAUCAUUAAAUACAAAACAGGAAAGUUCUCUGUACACUUAGUGGCAAGCACUGCCAGCUUAGACGGAGAGGAAACAGACAAAAGAAAAAGCAAGAAAAGGGGGGAGAAUGUACCAAAUUAGCAUUAGGGCACUCAUUUCCAUUGCCUGGCAUUUUCAUUCUGUUCUUCAUUCUUCUUAUGGUUUAGAAACAAGCUAACAAAACGCUUUAUGCUGAAAGAAUGGCAAUAGAAUAAAGACAUAGAUUGCAUAUACCUAUACAUUGUCUGACGUCUACAAAUUUAGUAUGUUCCACACGAAUUUCAUAUUCAAACAUUUCAGCUUAUAGUAUUGUGAUUUUUAACAUGUAAAUAGACUUAUACCUACAUAAACAUUUUCCAUGUGGGUACAACAAAUUUAGUAUGUUCCACAAGAAUUUCAUAAGCACCAAGCAUUUUUAAAAAAAUUAAUAUACCGAGAUAUUGUAAAAAGAGCGCAAAUGGAAAUAACCGAAUAAAGCACACGAGUCUACAGUGCAGUGAAUUGUUGAUUUUAAAUCAAAAAACGAGAUUUGGAGAGAGGAGGGGUGUUGCGGCCCUGAUGAAUAAGUGUAACAACUGCCAUAUCUUACAAAUAAAAGUACUUCACCUAUGCUAUUUAAGUUUUCAUGUAUUUUGUUUAAGUUAUAAUGAGGAUCAUUAUUGGCGUUAGAGGAGGGAUAGAGGUUAUUAUUUGUUUUAUUUGCAUAAGGCCUAAAACUAAAUUCUAUGAAACAUUAUUUGUUCGAUUGAAGAUUAUGGUAGAAACGUAGUAAGUCAAGGUGAAUGGCUGUUGCGUCUUCUGAUGAGCCCAGUACUUUUACGGCUGUGCUGUCUGCUUCUUCUUGAAUAAUGUAUCUCUAGAAGGUUACAAAAUGAGCAUUCAAACACAUAAAAAAGAACGGUUUUUCUGAGGAGUGGGCUCCAUGCUUCAACCGUUUCUUAAGUCCUAGAAAACACUGGACGCUACAAAGGAAAGAAUGCUUAAACUGCUAUGGAAUUGACAUCUUGUCAAAAAAUGCUAAACAAUUUACUUAACAUCAAUUUAUAAAUUUAUAGCUGAAAGAACGUUAAUCGCUAUUUGGAUUGAAGGACAAAAGUCAGUGAGAGGCUGCAGGAUGAGAGUUAUACCAUAAAUCCCCGAAUUAGCCGUCUGGGGGCUUAUUUAUUUUUGAUAUUUCAGGAUGGGGGCCUAUUCAAGGGGGGCUUAAAUGAGGGGGGACUUAAAAGAUUAUUGUAGACAUUAAGUAGACAUUAUUAAAAGACCUCGUUUAUCGUAGGAGGAUAGCGAUCCUAGUGCGGAAAGAGCUUCUUAAACUACUCUGAAUCUAUAUGUUUAAAAGCAUUUCAAGGUCGCAAUUUUGCUGCUCCAAGCAACAAGAUAAGAAAAAGAUUGGAUGUAAACAAUCCUACUUGCAUUUUCAACUACUUGCAAUUAAGCUGAGGACCGUUGGGCCAAAGUCAACGCUUCCAUUUUGUCUUGGUACCUUGAAAAGAGUGAAAAUCCAAAUAAACUAUAGGAUACAUGUGAAAUGUGAAUGUUUUUAUUACGAGCUUGGGCUUCUUUAUUAAAAAUGAAUCAACAAGGCAAUUUUUUAAUUGACCUGGAUUUGAAAAACAUGGAUUUGGCGAAUCUUUGAGCGAGUAUUUGCACACAGGGCUUUGGUAGGCACCAGAUGAUAGAGAAAUUGGUGAUGCAGAGACGAUAUUAUUGAGCCCCAUACUCAUAGAGCCCCAUACUCAUAGAAUGCUAUGGGAUUUUGAACAUGGUUAUCUUCGAUAAGCAUUUGCAAGGCAGAAUAGACCACAGACAUUUCCACGACUUUGCUGCUGCUGCAAAAUGACAGUGACAUUCAGCAAGUCAUUAUUUUUGGUGCCAUGGCUAUUGUAUUGUUAAGCCCUGCAAUACCAUUUCCCAAAGAUUUAAGGAGAUAUUGGCCUGCAACAAUGUGUUCAUCACAGAGCCAGCCAUUUGAAUCAAAAAGGGUGUCUUGAAGCUGUCUUGACAAUUUAAUGCCAUGAAUCUCAACCCAUCAAGACUUAUCUUCUCCCAUGUCAGGUAUCUCAUCAGCAUUGAUUGGAUCUAUUUCAGUGAGUAUACCUCCAAUUCUAUAUCCCAUAGAGUUGUCCUCUACUACUUAGGAUGCUAAGACAUUUCUACUUUCAUUUUUGUAUGGGGUAAAUCCUUUUAUUUUCACUAUUUGUUGUUUUUUCACUGCUAAAAUUCCAAUACGCUUGUUAAAUUUCGAGACUUUUUUCUCACUUUCUCUUAGUUUAAGUUUCUUUGUUCCUAUGCUUCUUUUUGCAUUUUUUGCUGGUGAGCAUGUGAUAUCUUCUAAUGCCAACUCAUUGGACAUGGUUCGAUUUUGUCUUGUGUACUUUAUAGCUUCCUUCAAUCUCCCUUUUAAAUGCUCAAAACAUGGUUGGUAUUUAAAACGUAAAGUUCAUCUUGCAAAACAUUUAGCAGGUGGACACAUUUUUUUCUUCUACUCAUCCUGUGCAUUUGUUUCCGAUUUUUCAGUAGACAUAUUUUUUCAGUCUUCAGGUCCUGUUGGAUGUUGGUUUCAUCUCCAUUUGGUGGUUCCUGGCUUUUGAUGUGAUUCAUUUCCUCACAAAAGUCAACUUCCAUUUCUGGCAACGAUUCAGCUGUGUCAUGCUCUUGCACAUUGUUAAUACCAGGCAAGAUGACUGGGUGAAACAUGAAGAGUGGAUGACUUUUGAAAAUCUUGCCAAGACGUUUCCAACCAACACUCUGGAUAUUAACAACUGCACAGAUAUGCUUGCACGGUAGCUUGUUGUACAUAUACUCAGGACACUGACAUGAUGGAAGAUAUGAAUAUGAACCAAGCCAUACUUGAUAUUUUUCCGUUUGUAGUUCAUUUUCAACAGCAAAGAGCUUUGGAUGAGAUUGAUGAAUUUUUUCAAUGGGAUACUGAAGAGACAUUCUUUUCAUUAUAUGUCGUACUACACCUGAUGGUCGAUUAUGAAAAGCUGUGGCACUGAAGAAUCAUAUUUCCAAUACGUUGCAGAUGAUAUUAAAUUCAGCUCUGUAUCUGUAAAAAACAUAGAAUUGAGAAUUCUUUUCUCUAAUCAUCAUUUUCUAUGAUCAAUUAUAGGAAUCCGCUGCAUAGCGAACCACCAAAGCCAUACGCCAAAUUUGUUCAAAUUUUUUUGACAUAAUAUGAAUUCCAGUGUGUCAAAUCUCUCAGCUUUUGAAAGCUGCAUACCCAUAGCUACGUGUUUUGAAUGUUUCAUGCAUACUAGAUUGGAUAUUUUGUCUUAAACUACUUACUUGUUCUUGUUAAAACAAUGCCAAGUCUAUGCUACUUCAAUACUUCAAUAUUACAACUGCAACAAUAUUUCAAUGCCACAGAUUUAAUGGGAUGAUAAAGAUGUACAUGGGAUGAAAAAAGGACUAUACUUACUUAUUGUAAUUAUCUGGUAGGAAUUGAUUAAGCAAUGUGUCAACGAAUUCGGAAAUUGAGCAAAUCUUUUUGCUUUCCAGUUAUGAGGAUUUCAGUCAGCAGUUUUGGAGUUCAAUGCCAUUAUUUGUACAGAUAGCUACACACAAGGAUGCUUCUCGAUAAAAUUUUACCCAUUUCUGUGAUUAGAAUUGGAUAGUCUUUCAAUGGCAUUUUACUUAAAAUAAAUAAAAAUUCACCUGGUUUAGCUUCAUGUCAAACAUUUCUUAUAGGUUAUGCCAAUAAACUUUCCACACCACAAUAGCUUUUACCUCAAUUGCAAGGAUUUGCUAUUUAUGUUCAGUUGAAUUGAUGGCUAUUCUAAUGCAAUUAUAAUUUUCAGUAUUAUUCAACAAUAAAACAAUUCAUGCUUGAUUUUGUUAGGUAUUUUCCAAUGUAUUAAAUUGUUAAUUAAUUGAAAUAAAUAAUAAUUAAAAUACUGUUUAAUUAGCUCAAGAUGUUUUUCCCAAUGAUUAAUGGAAUAGUCACGCAAACAAUCUGAUUUCUGCCAAACAGAACUAGUUUGAAGUCGUGAAUAUUUUUAUGAAGGCCUGCUCUGCUUGAGCUACUGACAAUUCGUCUUAAGUAAACAAGAACUUUGUCCUUCAUGUCAUGCACACCAUGUUCAUGUUUUGAAAGCCAUUCCUGCAAUGCUUUUUCACGAUGGAAAUCACAGAGGUGAAUAUGGGAUAUAAAGCAUCGGCAAUAAAGUUAAGUACAUAAUUUUUAUCAAUAUGGUAAUUAUUUAGGAUGUAUGCGUUUAUUUCUAGGAUAAUAACACUACUGAACUGAACAGCUCAAAGAAAAUAGUGUCACAUGAUGUCUAUGACAAUUGCUGCAAUUCGUUUUCAUGUUAUCAACAUUUGGUUUCAUACUGACAGUCUAGCACAUUUGGUGAAAUCAGUUGUAUCUCUUCUCUUUUGUAACAUGGAUUCAAUAUACACUUAAAACAUAAAUCAAAUAUUGCUGUCUAUAGAAUAUGCUUUAUAGCCAGAUAGUGAUCUAAUGAUGCUUACUGGGGAAAUUCCCUUCAAUUGCACGAACGUCUGCCAUCAAGAGAUCAGCAAGGAAAUUUGUUGGUUUCCAUUGUGGGUUAUAAAUUUUUAUUGUUUCAAUUGCCUCUACUAUAGAAGGAAUAUCUUCAUUCUCGGGACUGAUUACUGCGACAACAAUAUAUAUCCAACAUUUGCUCUGACACAAAGAAAGAAUAAUGGUAUGGCAUAUCUGUAAGAAAUAGAAAUAGUUUAUCCUUAGCAGGAAACUAUUUGAAAUUUCACCAAAGAGGUAGUAAAUGUUGUUGACUCUUAGUUGAUCCCCUGUUUUUCCAAACUUCUAAUAAAUUCAAAUACGCUGUUUAGCAUACCUAAUUUCUGAUGAAUUUCAGUACAUGAGAUGUGGCAGAUUUUGAUUACUUCACCUGCAAACUCUGUAGGCGGCAUCCAAAAGACACAUCUCCUGCCCAUAUAAAAGAAUAAGACGUCUCAUCUACUCUGACUGAUAGAGAAAGAGAAAUUUUGAUGUAUCUGUAAUAAAAAAUUUGAUGUGGCUGGAAAUAAAAAAAAAUGAAAGCAGGUCAUUGUUGCAAAGCCUCUGUUUACGAAACAAAACAACUAUUUGUUCAAAACAUGCUAUUUGUUCUUCUCUAUGCAAAGUAGGGUUUUAGGAGAAGUCUGCAAAACCUUUUAACAGGAGGAAUUAUCACAAGAAAAUUUUUGCUGGUGGAAUGAAGCAGACACGGAGUAAUUUUUGUUAUCUGUUGGAGAACUUUCAAUUGUUCUUUGUACAAUCUUAGAGACAUUAAAAUAAUUACCCUAUCAAAAAUAGAAUCCAAUGGCUUUGCUUUUUUUAUUCUUCGCAAAAAAUUGCAAGAUUUUCUGGUCAUCAGAUGCCUGUUUCCCAAAAGUUGCGUAUUCAAUAUAUUUCUAAUAUCGUUGGCUGAUGGUAAAACCUCUGCCUUGCUAAAGAUGGUGUCUUUACACCUCGGAAAAUUUUGUUUUUAACAUAGCUUUCCAAAUGACGUUGGACUUCGGACACAGCUUGCACUCCAAUGUGAUGUAAUUCUUUCACCUUUUUAACAACUGCAUCGUCUAUUGUUUCAGGCGAGGGCAGUGGUCCCAUGCUUUAGGGAAAUCAAAUGCUCCUUUUCUUGGCACUUUGCCCCUGUUGCCCUCUUUGAGUAUAGGUUCCCUGAAAGCCAUGUAUAAUAAGUAUUUCUAUACUUAUUUUCCAUUUAUGUCUCAUUUAUCCCAUUUAUACAGUUCCUGAUAACAUCUAACUUGCAUCUCGAUUUGUUUAUUCUUCCUUCCAAUUUUUGCCGCCAUGUCAAGUUCCACCGUUUUUUGCUGUAGCAUGCCAAAAAGCGAACAAGUUAAGUUUUAAUUUCAAAUUGUAGGCCUUGCAUUAGCACUUACCAAAUUCCACUUCCUAAAAAAAAUCUCCAUCCAGUGUAAGAAUCUUUCUUGAAACCUUGGAAGGUGCGUAUUGCAUCGUCCUGGUUUUCGAAACCAGUAUUUUAUUUCCAUUUUCCACAUCUAUAUUGUCUGUUCGCAUGUUCAUCAAAUUGGGAUUUGGUUCCUACCAAAUUUUAAAAUUUUCCCGCUAUUUUACCAAAAUCCACCUCUAAAAGAGGCUUCAGCCUCAUUUUCGUUUGCAAAUGUCAUCAUGUCCUCAACUUCUCUAUGAUUAAGUGCCUACCCAGAGUUUUCAGAUAGCGAAGAAUCUUUUCUUCUGUUUUGUGCGUCAGUGCGUGGCCGGUGGCGUUGAGAGCUGAAUCCAAGACAACCCACCUAAGGAAUAUUUACUUAGUAAAGUACCUACUUAGUAAAUUGUCUAACAAGGUGGGCAAUCAAAACUGAAUAUCCAUUCGUUUUCCUGAAAUUUGACAUCAGUAUUUCGAACAAAGGUACGUGCAUUUUACCAGUCAUUUUCCAAGUUUGCACUACCAGAACACAAUGCUAGCAAUAUCUCCAAAUUUAAAAACAUCAAAAGGUAAUAAAUCUUACAAUAAUAAUUAAAUCUGUAAUUUGAGUACAUGAGAAAAAUGAAGAACACAAGGAUCGACAUAGGCCAAUCAGAAAAAUGCAAGCACAAGACCGGUAUGGUUGAUCAAUCAGUGCUGCGAGCCUAAAGAAAAAUGUAUUAAAAUUUAAUGGGUAUACAAACUUUCGAUCCACAACUGGGUAUAUAUUUUCCAUCAUGUUCUUUCGGAACCUUAUUCUGACAUUUUAUCCUCUGAGGAGUGUCAGACGAAAAAGUUUUUAGUAUGUCUUAAAUAUUUCCUUUUUUCAAAGCCAUUUUCAAAUUCUGUACCGCAAAAAAUUGUUCACGUUUUUAAGAGAAUUAUGCUAUAGAGUGGACAAACUUUCCUUUUCCAUGACAAAUCAAAAAGUGCAUGUACCCUACCAUGUGUCCCAUGUAGAGCGGCAUCAAUCCUCAUAAUUUUAAAAAAUAUCACUUUCGUACCUAAAUUUCAUUUUUUUCACGUUUAAGAGGAUUGAUGUUACUUUCCGACUGAACUAAUCACAUAAGUGCAUGUACCCUACCAUGUGUCCCAUGUAGAGCGGCAUCAAUCCUCAUAAUUUUAAAAAAUAUCACUUUCGUCCCUAAAUUUCAUUUUUUUUCACGUUUAAGAGGAUUGAUGUUACUUUCCGACUGAACACAUCACAUAAGUGCAUGUACCCUACCAUGUGUCCCAAGUAGAGCGGCAUCAAUCCUCAUAAUUUUAAAAAAUAUCACUUUCGUCCCUAAAUUUCAUUUUUUUUCACGUUUAUGAGGAUGGAUGUUGCUUUUCGACUGAACACAUCACAAAAAUGAAUGUACCCUACCAUGUAUCCUAGGAGAGGGGCAUCAAUCCUCAUAAUUUUAAAAAAUAUCACUUUCGUCCCUAAAUUUCAUUUUUUUUCACGUUUAUGAGGAUGGAUGUUGCUUUUCGACUGAACACAUCACAAAAAUGAAUGUACCCUACCAUGUAUCCUAGGAGAGGGGCAUCAGUCCUCACAAUUUAAAAAAAUUAGUUUCGUCCCUAAAUUUCAUUUUUUUAAUGUUUAUGAGGAUGGAUGUUGCUUUUCGACUGAACACAUCACAAAAAUGAAUGUACCCUACCAUGUAUCCUAGGAGAGGGGCAUCAAUCCUCAUAAUUUAAAAAAAUUAAUUGCGUCCCUAAAUUUCAUUUUUUUCACGUUUAUGAGGAUGGAUGUUGCUUUUCGACUGAACACAUCACAUUAGUGCAUUUACCCUACCAUGUUUCUGAUGGAAAGCGGCAUCAAUCCUCAUAAUUUAAAAAAAAUGUCAUUUUCGUCCUUAAAUUUCAUUUUUUCAAAGUUUAUGAGGAUUGAUGUUACUUUUCAACUGAACACAGCACAUUAGUGCAUUUAUCAUACCAUGUAUCCCAAGUAGAGCGCCAUCAAUCCUCAUAAUUUAAAAAAAGUCAUUUUCGUCUCUAAAUUCCGUUUUUUUUUGAGUUUAUGAGGAUUGAUGUUACUUUUCGGCUAAACACAUCACAUUAGUGCAUUUAUCCUACGUUGUAUACCAAAGAGAGCGACAUCAUUCCUCAUAAUUUAAAAAAAUCAUUUCGUCCCUAAAUAUCAUUUUUUCGAGUUCAUGAGGAUGGAUGUUACUUUUCUGCUAAACACAUCACAUUAGUGCAUGUAUCCUACGUUGUAUCCCAAGGAGAGCAGCAUCAUUCCUCGUAAUUUUAAAAGAUAUCAUUUUCGUCCCUAAAUUUAAUUUUUUUUCACGUUUAUGAGAAUUGAUGUUACUUUUCGACUGAACACAGCACAUUAGUGCAUUUAUCCUACCAUGUAUCCCAAGUAGAGGGCCAUCAAUCCUCAUAAUUUAAAAAAAAGUCAUUUUCGUCUCUAAAUUCCGUUUUUUUGAGUUGAUGAGGAUUGAUGUUACUUUUCGGCUAAACACAUCACAUUAGUGCAUGUAUCCUUCGUUGUAUAGAUGGAUUCCAGUUGACGUCAUUUGUUUACAGUUUUGGAAACUGCGCAGGAGCUGGCAGGCAAAACAACAAACACGAGCACGCGAGCAGUAUACUACUGUAGUCCCCCACAGCUGUGUAGGUUGUACCGUAUGAGCUGCAAAGCGUUUUUACAGGUGUUACCAGUUUAAAACAACAGUGUGCAAGAUAUUUAAGUAAUUACUUAGCAGCAUCGGGGCAAAUUUAGCGGAGCAGGUGUGCUGAAUAAUUUUUCUUGCUGCACGAAGCGUGCUUCUGUGUUGCUACCACGAGUUUAAUAACAGCUGUUUGUUUACUGUUCUGUAGUCGCUUGCAUAUAAAUUUCGCUUGGAUAUGUAAUUUGCUUAAUAAAGUUUCAUAUGAUGUCGUCAGAUAAAAGCUAUUUCGAUUCUCUGGACGAAAAAGAUCAGGCUAAUUACAAAUGUAAUUAACGUUGACGGAUGGUUCUGUCCUUCCGGACCCAUACAGUCUUGAUGAAGGCUGGCAGGAUGAUGUUGGUUUGCUCCCAGAUGUUGGCUGGCCAGACAUAUACAACUACGUAAUAAAUACGCCAA